AUGUUCGGUAACAACAGCAACAACAACGGAUCUGCUCCAUCAACAGCUGAUGCUGAGCCUACCUUGAAUACAAAGAUUGCUAACCAGCUUCCCACCGACAGUACUCCAUUCGCAGAAAAGGGAAAGAAGGGGAGCUCUGGUUCUAAAACGUCUGCCUUCAUAGCCUCUGCUAAGAAUUCGAUCACAAACCUUGGCAACAAUAACGAGCAAAAGGAAAAAGAAACGAAAACUACUGCACCAAAGGAUGAUCUCCCUACAGUUGUCGUAGGUCCUAACAAUAACUCUGCGGGCGAUUCAAAACCAGGCCCCAAAAGCACGUUCAGAGUCGGCGUGACGGAGGAUAAGAACAAAAAAUGCCGAAGGACCAUGGAGGAUACCCACUCAUUUCUUUAUAACUUCUUGCCAACCUUGCCGCCAGCUACACCUACAUCAAGUACUACCAACACCUCUGGAGUUACGUCUACACAUUCGACCGAGGAGACAGUGGAAUCAGACAAUGGAUACUUUGCGAUCUUCGAUGGGCAUGCGGGGACAUAUGCUGCCGAUUGGUGUGGGAAGAAAUUACACCUGGUUCUGGAGGACACAAUCAGAAAGCAUCCCAACACUCCCAUACCCGAGUUACUAGACAUGACCUUUACCAAUUGUGAUGGACAGCUAGAAAAGCUACCUGUUAGGAAUAGUGGGUGUACAGCUGUUUGUGCCGUUUUGAGGUGGGAGGAUAGGCCGGUGCCGAAUAGUGUUGGGCAGUUGGAUGCUGCUAAAGGGAAGGGAGUAGUCAACGACGAAAACUCGAAACCCUCCCUGAACUUGGCGACAGAAAGACAGAGGGUCCUAUACACAGCCAACGGAAGCGAUGAAAAUGAAGGGAAGAGGGUGGCAAACGCUGGAGGUUUGAUAUUAAACAACCGUGUCAACGGGGUUCUGGCUGUCACUCGUGCCCUAGGAGACAGUUAUAUGAAGGAAUUAGUCACAGGACAUCCUUAUACCACGGAAACUGUCCUACAGCCCGAGGCAGACGAAUUCAUUAUACUUGCUUGUGAUGGCCUUUGGGAUGUUUGUUCGGACCAGGAAGCAGUUGACCUCGUUCACGCCGUCAAGGACCCACAGGAAGCGAGUAAAAUGCUUGUAGAUUAUGCUUUGGGCAGGUUUUCUUCGGAUAACCUCAGUUGUAUGAUUGUGCGUUUAGAUCCCACUGGCAAGUUUCACGGGUUGAAAGCUCCGGAUUCUGCGGUAGAGGUGAAGGGAGAAGUGGCGCAGCCGACGAAGAAGUAG